AGGAGGUGUUUGCAUUUCUCCGCAGGACCAGCUUGGCUUUGCAGAGCAUUGUCUGCGUAUGAGAAUCACACACACAUCGAGAAACACAGGGGCGAGCACACCAUAGCCUCGACUCGCAGCAUCUGAUCCAGCCUAAGAAGACUUCUCCUCCCCCCACCUCCUGCUUCCCGAGCACGAAUAAUCUCCCCUCUAAAAAAAAACCCAACCAAACCCAAGCCAAGAAAAGCACACAGGAAAAAAGAAAAAAAAAAAAAAGUUUCUUAAUCUUCUGCCUCUCUGGUUUGUUUUUUGGUGAUUUUGGUUUUUGUUUUGGCUUUGUUAUUUUUUUUAAUUGGGUUGGGUUUUUUUUUUUUUUUAAUUUAGCAAUGGCAAAUUCCUUCACGGCUAGGAACUGGCCCAUCCCCUGAGCAGAGGCAGCCUGGACAUGACCGGCAGGCGAGGGAGGAGGAAUUUGGAUUCCCUUCGGAGUCGCCGACCCCUCCUCCACCCGGUGCGAGCGCGGCGGGGGGAGCCCAGCUCUGCCCGCUCACCUGCCCCCGCGAGCAACCGGAGCUGGAGUUCUACCGGGGAUCUGCUCGAGGUGCCCCCGACCGCUGCCUCCCAACCCACCGGCACCCGCCCCACCCCGCCACGGCACGGCACGAAUGCAGCAUCUGCGGCACCGGGACGGAUCCCUGCUGCAAUGCAGACUGUAUCUGCUCUGGAGACAUCGUGACAAUCUUACUCCUGCUCAUUCAGGUGUCACAUUUUACUCUUGGAUGGCUUAAGAGAUCUCAGCCUUGACGUGAAAACUUCAACCAAAAGAUCUGCAGAAAGUGUGUGCUUCAGCCUUGUUAACAAGCAAAACUUGACUAAGGCUCAAAAUUAAGGCAGAAGAUGGCCAUCAAUUGGAAGACCUGCUUCUUCACUCUCAUAUUGCUUCCCAUGGUUACAACAACCCAUUCCAACUGCAUCAUUAAAAAGGAGCAAGAGACUUGUCUGGAGAAGAUACAAAAGGCAUCUGCCCUGAACCCUCUCAAUGACUCUUCUCCAGGUUGCCCAGGAAUGUGGGACAAUAUUACAUGCUGGAAACCUGCAAGUGUGGGGGAAGUUGUCUUUGUCAAGUGUCCUGCACUGUUCAGAUUUAUCAUCUCUGAAGACGGUUGGGAAGUAGAUAACCUGGGACAAACCCAUGCAGGUGAUUAUGACUUGCUGGAAAGCACAGCCCAGUCUCCCCUAGGAGACAUCAGUAGAAAUUGCACUGAAGAUGGCUGGUCUGAACCUUUUCCUCAUUAUUAUGAUGCCUGUGGCUUUGAUGAAAAUGAAACAGAGUCUGAUAACCAGGAUUACUACUAUCUGUCUGUGAAGGCUCUGUACACAGUGGGAUACAGCACUUCUCUGGUUUCUCUCACCACUGCCAUGGUUAUCUUGUGUCGUUUCAGGAAGCUUCACUGCACUCGAAAUUUUAUCCACAUGAACCUCUUUGUAUCAUUCAUCCUACGUGCUAUAUCUGUAUUCAUUAAAGAUGGGGUUCUUUAUGCUGAACAGGAUGGCAACCACUGUUUUAUCUCAACGGUGGAAUGCAAAGCAGUGAUGGUGUUUUUUCACUACUGUGUCAUGUCCAACUACUUCUGGCUUUUUAUUGAGGGAUUGUACCUUUUCACUUUAUUGGUAGAAACGUUUUUCCCAGAGAGGAGAUAUUUCUACUGGUACACGAUUAUUGGCUGGGGUACUCCAACAAUUUGUGUCACCGUUUGGGCAGUCCUGAGACUUCACUUUGAUGAUACUGGCUGCUGGGACAUGAAUGACAACACUGCCUUGUGGUGGGUGAUCAAGGGUCCUGUGGUUGGAUCAAUCAUGAUAAACUUUGUACUUUUUAUUGGGAUAAUUGUGAUACUUGUGCAGAAACUCCAGUCACCUGAUAUUGGGGGCAAUGAAUCCAGCAUUUACUUGAGACUGGCUCGCUCUACACUACUGCUUAUACCCUUGUUUGGAAUUCACUACACCGUGUUUGCUUUUUCUCCUGAAAAUGUCAGUAAGCGGGAGAGACUAGUAUUUGAAUUGGGACUGGGAUCUUUCCAGGGUUUUGUUGUUGCUGUUCUCUAUUGUUUCUUGAAUGGGGAGUUUCUCCCUAAAGGUGCAAUCAGAAAUAAAGAGAAAAUGGAGGAGCUGGAAAGUCAACCGGUAUUUUGCUGUGGAUUUCAAACAUCGUCAUCCUUCUCUAGCGAGCAGCGGAGUGAACGGGGGGACACAACUCUCCAUUCUGAGCAAGAGCAGCUCUCAGAUUCGGAUGUCCAGCAUAAAUGCGGAGAACCUAGCAACAUGAGCAGCUAAGGAAAACAGAUAAAUCAACAAUCAAACCAAAAACCAUCCUCUUAAAAAGAAAAAAUAAAUGAAAUAAUAGUUUUGAUGGUGGAAUAGAUCUUCCCUUCCCUUCCCUUCCCUUCCCUUCCCUUCCCUUCCCUUCCCUUCCCUUCCCUUCCCUUCCCUUCCCUUCCCUUCCCUUCCCUUCCCUUCCCUUCCCUUCCCUUCCCUUCCCUUCCCUUCCCUCCCCUUCCCUCCCCUCCCCUCC